UCGAUGCGCGGAUAAAUAUAGUUCCACACGGCCCGAUUUUGGAGGGCGAAUCGCGCAAGAAAAGUCUAGUUAACUGCGGAAAGAAGAUCGGACGACGAGGUGGAGGAAAGAUCGUUUGCUCCUGUUUAGUUUCAGUUUUGUUCGAAAGUGCCAGUCGAAAGGGUGACCGUGAAAAUUUAUGUACCAUUGGAUUUUUCUAAGAAAAAUGGCUUUUUAAAUAAGAGAAUUAAAGCCUCUGAAAUAUUCAAGCAAACCCUUUCGACAGUUGCCUUUUAGUUAUUUGGCAAUGAAGAAUGGAUUAAUUUAGCCUCUUAGCUGUGACUCACUCAUGUAACAGUGACAUUCCUUCUCUUGGAAGAGUUGGACAGCGACCAGCACCUGUUGUUCCACCAGAAUAAUCUCCCUCCUCAGAAGAACCCCCACUCCGCUGAAUAAGAAGAAAACGUAGCUUGUUUCUACACUACCUUCGAUAACUGAAUGAAAAUAAAACAAAAACAAUACAUAAACGCCAUUUUUCAACAUUACGCAACUCUUUUUUUUCUGCAACGUAUUUCGUGUUUCCAAGAUGUCAACAUCCUGUAAUUAUUGUGAUGGUCUAAUAUGUAUAAAAAGAAAAGCUAUUUAUAUCACAGAUACUAAUUACGUUCGUUUCUUGGAAUGAAACGAUUAUUUACCGACAGGUUAUCCUAAGGCAUGAACUGCUUUCUUCAUUAAGUUGAAAAUUAAAGUGCUUAUCUUUACAUUAACGUUAUCUUCAAGAUGUCGUCACCAUGGAAUCGCAUGGACCAGCUUCUCAAAUGUAGUGUGUGCUCAGGCAGGUUUCGAAAUCCUAAAUUAUUACCAUGUAACCAUACAUUCUGCGCAGAACCGUGUUUGUCAAGAUGUGUAGACAAGGCAAACAAACACCAAAUCAAAUGUCCAGAAUGUUCUGCAGAACAUCGAAUGCCUCUCCAAGGAGGUGUCCAGGGUUUUCCCAAUAACGUAACUUUGGUUCGAUUCUUGGAACUCAGACAACAAGUAAGUGGCCGUGAACCUGAACUGCCAGCAUCUAUGCAGAAAUGCAAUACCUGUAAAGAAAAAGGGCAACUUGUACUGUGCGCUCACUGCAACCGUAAAGUAUGCAAGGAAUGCAAGACUGCACACGUUAACAUCUUGAGGAAAGAAAUUGCACUUAUUAACGGUCAAGUUCGGGAAGGUCUUCAACAACUUUGCAAUGCGCUGAGCUGCACCAAAGAAAAUGAAGAGAAGUUACAAAAGAACUAUUCACAGGUGAAAGAUGAAAUCGAAGAAGUUGUUCGGCGCUAUAACAGAGACUUACUGGACACUGAAUCAAAAUUAAAACAUCACCUGGACAUUUAUUUAAAAAACGAGCUUCGAAGUAUGCGCAGGCUAGAACACGAUUUGGAAAUAGAAUUAAACAAUGUUAAUAGCAACUGUGAUUUAGUUGACAAGUACGUCAACAAUGGAGUUGACUGGACAGAUGUUGAACUCACGGACUAUAAAGAAAUUUUCCAGAAAACUUUAGAAUUCCUAAGAGCUUUCGACUCAGAUCCGGCAGACUGUGUUCGUAAAGUAAAAUUCCAUCCUCGGUCCGACCCCGAUGUGAUUCACAAAACUCUAAUAGAUUUCGCCGAGGUUAAACUGAACGAAGAAUCAACACCGAAUCCCAAUCAAAACGAAAAUCAGCCAUUGCAAAAUGGCGGGAUGUAUAACAGUUCGAAUAAUCUUAACCAGGGUCCUACAGUUACCCUGACCCCACCCAAAACAAACGCUUUGUCAAGGAGUCAAAGCGACCACAAAUUGUGUGGUCAGAGGCAAUCUCAGAAGCGAAAAGAUCAGGAUGACAAUGAGAACGCUUUAUCCAGAAGAUUUCGGGAUAAGUUCGUUCGAGAAGAUCGUGAUAGCAGUGAGAGAGACGUACCUAACAAUCGUGAUCAUUCUCCAUCUUCCUGGAGAAGGGAACUGGAAGAAGUGAGGCACAAUCAGAAGAAUCGAUUCUCAUCAAGGGAAGUCAUUGAUGAAAACGAUGAUUCCGACACGCCUUCUCGAAGUCGAUCGGCCAUGGAAGGACAGGCUUGCACAGAUCACGUCAGUGAAACUGAAGAUGCCACUAAAGGGCCAUUAAGUGGGGUCAUUCGAAUACUGGACAGUCCUCACGUGAUGGAAAGACUUCACCAUAGUGAAGUGAAGCAGAAAAGAAUGAAAGAGGAAGAGGAACGGAAGGCUAGAAUGCCGCCUCCUGCUCCUCCUCCUGUGUCCAGACCUAUGACUCGACAGCUUAGCGAAGACGAAAUCGAAAAACAAAAGAAAGAAAAUAAAGCAGCUGCUGCUGCAGCUGCAACUAGCUCCCCAAGUACAACAGCUAAGUAACCGUCCUACAAGUCGAUUCCUGCCAAAACCAUCAUCCCUAGACAAAGAUGACGCACCAGCAGAUACUCCACGUCGUUCCAACCUUUCAACAACAGCUGGUAGUCGCUCUAGUCCGAUGGAUAAACGAGAUGACAGGCCAAAGCUCAGACUGUCCAUACCUCAGCAUUCCCCUUCGUCCAGCGAGACUAGCUCAAGCUCAGAAAGUGAGAGUGAAGAUGUAGAUAGCGAAGCUGCAAUUAAGCGAGGAGAUAUUAGUCCCUCAGUAAAUACAUUAUUAGCACGCAGUGCUCAAGCAAGAAAGCAGAGUGCUAACACACAGGCUAGAAUCCUUAACCAGCCGGAGGACAAACUACCACGACCUUCCAACAGGCCUUGGAGAGAAUCACUAAGAAAGGACGAAGAGCCGUCUAGAGAAAGUCUGUCAUCGCCAAGAAGGAAAACUUCUAUCAUUGAACCCGAAGAACGUACACCUUACAGUCGUCUCUUCGACAGACGUCGUUCUAGUGUCACAUCUGGCAACACCAGAGCGAGAGACGUCAGUCCCGAAGACAACAGCUAUUUAGCUAGACGAAACCGAAUAGCCAGAAGCAAGAGUACUCACGACCUGUGCCCAGCUGAAGAUAGCCCAGAAGAUGACACCUUAACAGCGAUACGAAACAGAUAUCGAACUCGACGUGCCAUGCGAGACGCGAGUCCAGAAGAAACAGCUCCGCAUUCCUGGUCUCAGUAUAUGAAGAACAAAUAUGGAAAUAGUGGAAGACCUAGUACAACGAAUACUGGACUAGUCAGGAGCCGGACAUCUGCAUCCCUUGUUGCACCAAGGUCAGAAAGUGAUAAUAGCUCUGAUGAAGAUACUCCUCCCAGGAGAAAAACAGAUUAUUCUAGAAGGGGUGACAGCAAUUCUCCCAGAGGAUUCAGCCUUCCUAGAAGAACAUACAUGCAAAAGGGAAAAUCAUGCUUCAAAUUUGGCUCUAGGGGGACUGAGCACGGAGGUUUUACCUGGCCUAGAGGUGUCAGCGUCGGAGCAGACAAUACCAUAGUAGUGGCUGACAGUAACAAUCAUAGAGUUCAGGUUUUUAGCGCCUCUGGUAAAUAUAUUCAAGAGUUUGGAACAUACGGUAGCGCAGACGGAGAAUUUGACUGUCUUGCCGGAGUUACUGUCAAUCGAAUCGGUCAGUUCAUUGUGUCGGACAGAUACAACCAUCGUCUGCAAGUUUUUGAUCCUAAUGGUCGCUUCAUCAGAGCUUUUGGACAUGAAGGCAGAUCGGAUGGAAAGUUCAAUUACCCAUGGGGUGUGGCCACAGAUAACCUGGGAUUCAUCUAUGUAUGCGACAAGGAGAAUCAUAGGAUUCAAGUGUUCCAGGGAGACGGUACCUACGUGACGAAAUUCGGAGGAAUUGGGCAGCGACCCGGGGAGCUGGAACAUCCUCACUACGUGGCUGUGAGUACGACGAAUCGUGUGAUAGUGAGCGACAGCAACAACCACCGAAUACAGAUUUACGACGUCAACGGUCGACUUCUAUCGACAUUUGGAACGGAGGGAUCGGAGGAAGGCCAGUUCAAAUAUCCUCGGGGAGUAGCCGUCGACGAUCAGGGUUAUUUGAUCGUUGGAGACAGUGGCAACAAUCGAAUUCAGAUCUUCCACCCGGACGGGACUUUCCUCAAGGCUUUUGGGACUUGGGGUUCGGGUGAUGGAGAGUUUAAGGGUCUGGAAGGCAUCGCCGUAUCCCCCACCGGACAGAUACUAGCCUGCGAUAGAGAAAACCAUCGAAUACAAGUCUUCUGAUAAUCCACAGUUUGUUUUGGUGCAAGUGCUUCCAGACCUGAAAGAAAAAAGUUGUAUUGAAUUCCUUUUCGUGUGGCUUUGCUAACACUUUGUAUAGCUUCUUUGUACACAAAUGCUUCUCUUGAUCCUCUUUGUUACAGAUUCACUCUUUUUUUGUAACUAAUUCUGUUGCUAAUAAAGAUCAAUUUUAUUCUCA